GCCGGAUCCCGAAAACCUCAUCAAAGUUACCAUUGAAAAGUAUUACAAAAAUUUUCUUGGGUAGAAGCAUUUUGGUAAAUUUCACGGUGGUCGUCAAAUUCAUCAUCAUGGCCAGAGAAAAUAUGGAAUUUGUUUCCGAAGAAAUUCUGUGUGAAGUGGAUGUGUUUUGAGUGUGGUGUGUUGAGUGAGCCAUUUCCACGGGUGAGCACCUGUGUGAAAGGAAUAUUGCGACGGAGCUGGUGAAAAGCAGCGGGCAGAAGAAGCCUGGGAUGAGAAAAAAGUGAAAAUGUCAAUUGACGAAUGUCGACGAAGGAGUUCUUUUUCCAUUGUUUGGUUGUGAGAAAAUCCAGUGAAUUACUGUGCUUUUGCCACCAAGGAACCCAUCCACGAUCCCAGGAUCACCGUCCACCGAGGAUUUCAAAUGAGCGGCAUCGUGAAGAGUUGAAAGUAGAUUUACAUGGAUUUAUUAUUAAUUAAACAACAAUCACAUGAAUAGUGUUGGAAUUAGCCGAGAGAUUAGUGGAUGAGAAGAGGACAAUGUCUGUGAAAUAGCCUCAGUGGAAAUUCAUUAAGGUGUCGAUGUUGCAUGUAAUUUCUUCAAAAUUGAAUAAUGAAGUCAAUUGAACAACAAGCGAGUGUAACGUAAAACCAAAUCAACAAGAAAAAAAUCUACAAAACAACUCGAAAAAAAAAUCAACGAAGGAAAAAUCUCAAACACUAAAAUUUUGUGUAUGUGUUCUUUUUUUUUUUUGAAGUUUAAGUGAUCAAGUUUUUUUUUCUACUGUUGUUUCUCUCUCUGGUAGAGAGAUUCAAUAAAAUCAAGGAAUUAGAGACGAAGAAGAAGGAAACAAAAAAUCAGUGAGACAUUAUUAAAGACAGUGAAGCGAAAAGUGGAGGAUAUUUCUGCAAAUUGCAGAUUCCCAGAAAUUUAUCAUCAUAACUCAGACAUGAUGGAAGUCCAAUCGCAACGAUUUUCACGAUAUUCAACACCAAUCACAUCAGCCUGUUCAUCAUUCAUCACGUCGGACUUUUACAAAUUCCUGGCCCGAUUCUCUGGUCGCAGACGACGUAGCCUAAAACAGUGGAAAUAUUCAAUUGUACCAAUUCUUCUCUUGUGUUUCUCAACAUUCUUCAGUGGCUCAGAUGCCUGCUCGAGUCGAACGACACCCAAACCGAGACCUCCUACCCCAACAUCUAGACCAAAUAUUACAUUCCAUACGUAUAAAUGUCCACCGGCCUAUGCUGCUUGGUAUUGUCUUAAUGAAGCUACGUGCUUUACUGUAAAAAUAGGAGAUUCUUUACUAUAUAAUUGCGAGUGUGCCGACGGUUACAUGGGUCCCAGGUGUGAGUACAAGGACUUAGAUGGAUCCUACCUGCCUUCACGACCAAGGGUUAUGCUGGAGACGGCGAGUAUAGCGAGCGGAGUAGCUGUGGCUUUCCUGCUCGUGGUAAUUCUCUGCAUUGUCUUCUACAUGCGCUGGACCAGACGCCAGAAAGAGCGUCUUGGGGCAGAGGAGAAUGGCAAUGGGUGUGAUGUUGUAGAUGGCCGGAAUCGGAUGGCAGAGGCUGGCGGGGUAAAUCCUGAGAGGAGGCCCUUUGGGCCACAUCACUACCACAAAGUGUCCCUCAGUGAGGCCCUCAAGAGAUAGACUAGCGAAUUUACAGCACCCCCCCAAGAGAGUAAGUUUUUUUAUUGAGUUUUUAAACUCUCAAUCGAAUGAAAAAAUGAGAAUAACAAAUGAAAAAAAAGAAUGAAUAAAUUGUUCUUUAGCGUUGUGUGAGAAAAUUGUGGAGUAAUUUUCUCCCAAAAGAGGUUAAGAAUCGAAGGAGGAAAACUCCUCCAAAACUCUAAUUAAUAAAAGAAGAAAAAAAACUUUAUAUAAAACACACAAAAAAUGGAAGAAAGAAAAAGUCAACGAGAUGUUCUGUAUUUUUUAGGUCGUAGUAUUAUUAUUUUUAGUUGAUUGUUUUCAUUAACUAUAGUUCCCUUUUUUUAUUAAUUCAUUUUCACGAUAAGCAAUUUUUUCUAGUUGGUAAAAAAAAUGAAGAAAAUGCAAGAAAUAAAGCAUGAAAGAAAUUAAAAUAAAACUACUUAGAAAACACGAGAAACUACACACAGAAAAAAAAUCACACACCUUGACACUCUCUAUUCUCUAUCCAAUUUAAUUAUUAAAAUAUUCUAUUUAUUGUAUCCUAUAAAAGAAAAUAUAGAUUAGAGAGAUGAAAGUAAAAUACACGACACACAAUAUUAACAAGAAAAAAAAAACCCAAGACAAGAAGUAUAAUGCAAGAAAAACUUGGCAAAAAAAUCAAGCAUACUCUUAAGCAUUUUAUGUAAAUAUUUACAUAUAAAACAGAUUCAUUCACAAUUAAUUUAUUUGCUUAUAAUUCAUUUAUUAUUAUAUAAAAAAAGAAUCCAUUCUCUUAACUAAAAAAAAAAAACAAAAAUUAGGUGUUAAUUGAGGCGCGAGAGAAAGAUUAAUUGCGAGAUGAUGAGAGUUGAAAAACAAGAAGCAUUUUUUCUAUAACAAAUGUGUACAUAUAUAGAGCAUCCCUUUCCUAAAUUAAUUGGGAAGAUGAAAAGCAUGAGAAAGAAACAUUUUAGACUCCAAAAAGUGCAUUAAAAAAUUUUUCAGAAAAAACACAUUUUUCUAUAGGAAUGUUUUUUUUUAAAUAACGAUUAUAUAGAAAGUAUUCUAAAAAAAAGAAGACGAGAAUAAAAUUUAUACACUAAUCAACUAUAAGGAAAGUCUGUUUUCAGAUCUCGAAUUCUUAUUAAAAAGAUAAUAUUAAUAUUUAAAAUAAUUCUGUGAAUUCUUUGGAGAAUUUUGCAGGAUAAAGUUAUUGGAUUUACACUAUGCAAUAAUUUUGGACUUUUUUUUACGUAUUUGAGUUGAUAUGUUAUUUUUGUGAUUGAUUGGGGCGAAUUAUUUAAGAUAGGGCUUAUCAAUCUGAUCGGAUUUUGCUUUCGUGCCUGUCAUCUUGACAGUUCCUUUUUCUGUUUUUUUAGUAUGUCAAAUUAUCAUAGCUCUGAUUCUACUGAAUUGAUUUUAUUAAUCAAUUGAAAAAGGUUGAAGGUCGUCAUAUAGUCAAGAAUUAUCUAGAACUAUUGAUGUUUUUUAAAUCCUUAGACAAGGAAAAAUUGCAUUUUUAGCCAUUUUAAGCAUGAACCAAUCUAAAACCGAACACUGAGAAAAAAGAGGGUGCGAUUAACUUUUUUUCCUCGUAACUUUAACACUUAUUAGGUGUAAAAAUAUAUCAACAUUUUUUAAUGUUAAUUUUACACCUUUUUAAGGGUAAAAUUAAAAUGAAAAAGGGUAACUUUAACCCCCAAUACACCUAAAAAGGGUAAUAUUUACACCGAUUUUGGAUCAAUACUGCAGGGUAAAAUUAACAUUUCCGGAAUGUUAUUUUAACUUUUACGGAUUUCUCUCAGUGAAAGCGAUUUUAAAAUUUUUCUUUUGCACUUUGAGAGUUUCUUUGAACUAUCAUCGUAGACCUCCCUAAACAGACUCUGCCUGAUCGUCGAGAAUAUUUAAUCCGUGAAAUUUGAUAGUAAACGAUCACCCCGAAUUCUCAUACACUGAGAAUUUAUGAUCAAUGAUUAGAGGUUAUUUGCAAUAAUUUUCUUUGAUUGAUCCUCUACAUCUACACAGAAAAAAAUAUUUAGAAAAAUUGUUAGUAGUUUGUGUUUGUUAAAAGUUCGUAAAAUUUGGUACUUUAUCCACAAAAAUUAUUUGUAACAAAAACAUUAUUUGUAACAUAGAUCAAAUGCAUAUUAAAAUGUAAAUCCUGAUACGAUAAGGAUCAAUGCAACUGACGAUGUAUUAAGGGGAUAGCCUGAAUUGUGUAAAAUAGCCCUUCUCACAAUUUUCUUGAUUUUUUCAAGAACAAGGAAAUGAUAAAGCUUCAUCAGAUUUUUAGUACAUAUUAUUGAUACUUAUUUAAAGUUCUUAAAUAAUGUUUUUUUCGAAAAAAAUGCAAAAUAGCGGAUAAUGAGAAGUUCACUGGAGUGCCUUGUCGAAGCAUUCCUGAUAGAUUGGGAAUUGUUAUAAAUGUGCGAAAAAAAUAAUCUAAACAAAAAUUCAAGUGUCACAGUUAAACAAAAAAGAAAAAUCAGAGAAAAUCGUCCACUUGAAACUUUUUAAUAGUUUUUUUUUAAUUUGGGAUAAAGACUUUGAUAUGCUGUAAGCGAAUUUAAUUCUGAAGACAAAUAAGGCUAGUUGUUUUAUUCGAUCAAUAAGUUUCUUUUUAUGUUCUAGCCCGCCAAUUUGACAAAAUCGUAAAAAUGAGAAGAAGAGAAAACACAAUUCAAAGUUUUGGAUAUCGGUUCGAGCAUUUGCAAAUCUGCUGGGCGCUCCUUUGCUUUCGACUCAGUAUCUUUCGAUACGAAAUUAUUUCAUAUUGGCUUCUGAUUUUUACUUUGUUAUAUUCUUGGUGUAAGACGAAUCGGUCCCGCGGCUAAAGUCCCUGCCGCUAUUUUGAAUCCCUAAAGACUGAUUUGGUACAAAAUGUGCCUUGUCUCUAGGGUCAGCCCUCUGAAUGGGAGGUGAAGGGUGUACAUCUUUAGGGGAGACUGGGGCAAAAAGUCACAAAGAAAAGUCCCACCGUGAGACAUUAGAAAUUACUUCGCUUUUUGUUACUUUUUGCUCUAUACCUUUUGUUACUUUUUACCCCUAGUGGCCAUUUUUAAUAAAAGGAUUUCUGAACAAAAGAAAUUUUUGUGAAAUUCUAAAAUAGAUAGCGGAUCCGUAUUCAAAAAAUCCAAAUUAUUUAGAAAAUAUUCACCAGUGCAUCAAUUUUGGAAAAUAAGUAGGUAAUAAUUGUUAUCUUCUGCAAGGAAAAUAUUUCAAAAAUAGGGCUAAAAAUUUCGAUAUUUUUUAUUUUCUAAAUUCCUUGUUUAAAUUCUAAGAAACUUACGACAUUGGAGAAGCUCUAUGGAGGCUAUCUACAGAAAAAAAAAUUGAGCCGCUAUCUUUUUUACCUUGGAAGAUAUUGAAUUUUGAAUUUUUCGAUUUGUAACUUUUUGCCCCAGUCUCCCCUGCCGCUUAACAAUGAACAUGCCUUCUGAUGGUCAUGAAGCACUCAUGCCUUCCGAAGGUAUAACGCUGUACCAGAUUGUCAGUGAACCCUGACCUGUGAAUACGUUAAACACACCCUUAACAAGAGUAACCUUGUUGUACCGCCACAUUAGAUCACAUUAGAUAGUUUCGGAUAUAUCCAGCGAGACCAUUUCACAAUCUGUUGAUCAAAAAUUUUCCAGCUAAGGAAUUAAUCAAACUCCUGCAAAAAUAUCCCAAAUUUGGACGUCCAUGUAGUUUUUAAUCAUUCACAAGAAUCGGUUUUUUAUUGAUUCUAGAUAGCCUAAAAAAAUUGUUUCAAAAAUUGAGUCUCAAAUGACGUGAAAGAGUUAACUAAGCAAAAUCCGAAUUAUUUUUUAAAAGUUCACUUAAGCAACACAAAAAUCUCCUAGUAACAGAUUUUACGACCAAAGGAAACUUGGACAAGAAAUGUUACCGGAAUUAGAAGAAAUUCAAGUGUAUAGAGGGUUCAAGGCAAAGUUUCUGCUAAAGAAAGAAAUCUGUUUAGUUGAAUCUGAGCUGCGAUCAUUUAUGUAAUAAAAAAAAAGAUGACAGAAAAUUAAUUUGCGUAGAUUACGGAUUCAGAAGCAAAUUUCGAUCAAAAAGAUAAGAAAUUUCGUAAAUAAUUGGACUUAAUAAAAAAAUAGCAUAAGACCUCAAAGAUAAAUCACUGUUGCAUAGUGUUAUUUACAAAAACGAUAACAUUUUCCCAGUCACUUUUUUUUUACUCACACUCAUAACACUCAAAACACAGUAUAACAUUUUAUUAACUUAAAUAGUGACUUUGUACAUAAUGUAUACAUUAUUUAAAAAAAAAGAAAAUAAAUCAUUCAAAGAAAGAAAAAUGGAUAAAAUGAUGGAAAUUUUAAAUCAAACAUCAAGCUUUAAGUAAGACAAAAGAAAAUCAAGAAGAAAUAAUCAAAAUGGUUUGAAGUCAAAUUAAAAAGAGAAAUAUUAAAAUUACCACGAUUUAUUCAAAUAAACUUUUUAUUUGUUAAUCAACAAAGAAAAGUACGACAGCUAUCUUAGGAAUUAAGUGCUUGAAUCGUGGAGAUCACAUAAAUUCAUAAAUAAUAUUAACAAUUCUUAACAUUUUCUAUUAGUAUUCAAAUAGUGGAUUAUUGAAAGUUAAAUAAAAAAUCGAAAGAAUUGAGAAAACAGUGCCGUACCAAAAAAAAACACAAUAUAAAAUUGAACAGAAAGGAAAAACAGUAAAAAGAGAAAAUGGUAAUAAGGAAUAAAAAACAAGAAAAAAAUGUGUUCGCAUUUUUGUUAUAAUGUUAAUUUAGGUGACAAAGGUGAAGGAGAAAAGCACAUUGAAGUCCACUGAAUGUGUCCACAUGGAUGUAAAAAAUUCUCGAAAAGCAUCUAAAUUGAUUCAGUGUUUUUUUUUUCCUUUUUCCCGGCAAAAGAAAGCUUCCUGAGAGCCAACGCCAAGUUCAAAUGAUUGAAAAACACGCAAGAAGGUGAAAGGCAAAAGGAAAUCAUUCAAUUGACUUGAAAUGUGUUUUUUUGUUAUUCCUAUACUUGAGAGAUGAAAAUGCAGAAUGUUGAGAAAAAGGAAAGCAAAAUAAAAAAGUUCCAAAGUGUUCAUUCCGUAAAACACGCAAAACAUAAUAAUCUUAAAGCCAAGCAGAAUCACGUUAAACAGUAAAAAAGAAAUUUCACAAAAAUUACACAAAAGAGAAAAAUCUUUGCAAAAGAAAUAUAAGAAGAGAAAAAUAUCCUUAUUUUAUGUGUUGCUUCUUGAUGAAAGUUUCUUUUAUAAUAUUUAUAAUCUAUAUAUUUUUGUGGAAUUAAUUUAAAAAGAACAAAAAAGAAAUACCCUUUUUAACUUGUAAUAUUUGUCCUCUCUUUGUCCCAGCUGCAGCUCCUAUAUAUUUUUUUCUUAAUUAUAGUGAUUAUUAUAUUAUGAGAAAAUCCAGUUAUUGCAUAAGUAUUUUGUACAUUCAGUUCUCUAAAAAUAAUAUCUUUUUUAUCGAGACAAUUGCACAAUUGAGAGAUAAGAAAAAUUUAAUAAGAACAAAA